AUGACUCGUCGAAGAAAUGACUCAGUAACUGAGCAACUCUCUUCACUAAAACAAGAGCGAACAUCAGUGGAACGAAACAUGCUAAGCAUAAAGGCGAAGGUAGAGAAGGAAUUAGCGUUUGUGGAUGUUAACAUUUUAGAAUGUCGACUGCAAAUUUUGGAAUCGUAUUUUACAGAAGUUUGUCAAAGACAAAGUAAAAUUGAACGAGCAUGUCCGGAUGAUGAUAGGCAUAUGACGAAGGGCGACUCAAUCACACUCAGGCAUAUUGUAGAUACAGUGUCUGCUUUAUUCGGUUCACUUCUAUCGUUGGGUUCGGAAGCAGACAUGAACGCCAUAAUUAUUCAUUUAGUAUUGUCUAAAGUGGAUAACGAAACUAAAAUUUUUUAUGAUUCUCAGCAAGAUUUUGAGUCAUUGCCAUCUUGGGAAAGUUGCUACGCACUUUUGAGUCGAAGAUGUCAAUUUCUGGAAAGCAAUUCGAAAAGAUGCAAUAAUGAUAAAGUAAAUGAUACCAAAAAUAAUUCUUUUAACAGAAAAUUGACCACAUUUGUUAACACCAAAAUCAAUUGUAUGAAGUGGCACGUCGUUAAAAAUUGUCAAUCCACAGCUCGCUGUCGAAUAUGCAAUGGUAUGCAUCAUACGUGUUUGCAUAAAUUCAAACCCAUCGAGCAAAAUGUGAGACCAAAUUUGUCAGACAGUCCACCUGGACAACUAAAUUUUCCGCAAUCUCCAUCAAUUUCUCUAGUAUCGCGUACUAAACAACGAUCAUUGAUUCCCACAGCUGUAGUACUUAUUAAGGAUAAGUACGGUUUAUACCAACCUAUACGAGCAUUACUGGACUCUUGUUCAGAGAUAAGUUUUAUCACUGAAAAGAUGGCAAAGCAACUUCAAUUACCAUUUGAGCGAAUAAACCAGGAAGUGUCAGGCAUUGGUGAUGUUAGAACACAAAUUCGCCAUUCAAUAACUGCAACUAUAAAAUCUCGAAUAUCAAAAUUUGAAUGGUCAUCGCAAUUCGCUGUCACUAAACGUAUCUCAUUGAACCAUCCAGAGCAGUUGAUAGACACAACAUCGUGGAAUUUUCCUGAAGGCCUUGUUUUAGCUGAUCCAUUAUUUUUUAAACCACAACACAUUGACUUAUUAAUAAGUACGCAGGGAUUUUUUGAAUUAAUAUUAGAUGGGAAAAUUGCGUUAGGCACCAGCCUUCCAAGUUUAUUAAAUACCGAAUUAGGGUGGAUCAUCGGAGGACAAUAUAAAAAUACGCCUACUGUCCGGGAGGAGUUGGAUUGUGAGAAACAUUUUGUAGAAAAUACCACAAUUAUAAGCAAUGGUCAAAUACAAGUUCGAUUACCAUUUAAAGAGUCUCCAGAAGUCUUAGGUGAAUCAUUUGAAAUGGCGAAACGAAGAUUCCUUUCACUUGAGCGUCGAUUAGAGCGUCAGCAGACUCUCAAAGAGGAUUAUGUUAAGUUCAUGCAAGAAUAUUUGAUGUUAGGUCAUAUGAGUCGUGUCGACAACUUUGACAAUAUCACACCACACUAUAUAAUACCUCAUCAUUGCAUAUUGCGGCCUCAAAGUACCACAACAAAAUUGCGCGUCGUGUUUGAUGCAUCUGCACGCACAUCAUCGGGUCGAUCACUUAAUGAAAUCUUAAUGGUGGGACCUACAAUUCAGCAGGAUCUUAUUUUGAUAUUAUUGACAUUUCGUUUACAUCGCUAUGCACUGACUGCGGAUAUAUCAAAAAUGUAUCGACAGUUUGUAAUUGAUCCAAGAGAUCGUAAUUUUCAAUUAGUUAUUUGGAGAAAUACUGUUAAUGAACCUCUGCAACUUUUUCAGCUCAACACAGUAACUUACGGAAUGUCAGCAGCACCAUUUCUGGCCAUCAGAAGCCUGACUUACCUUGCAAAUGCGUAUCAAAAGGAGAUGCCAAUUGGAGCUUCAGUUUUGAGCAAUGACUUGUAUGUUGAUGACUUGCUAACGGGAGCAGACACAGUUGAAGAGCUUUGCAUCAAAGUAUCACAAGUGACUAAGAUAGCAGCAAAUGCAGGAUUACAAUUGGCAAAAUGGAGCUCCAACCACAAAAAUUGGUUAAACUCAAGUGACGAAUACCAAAUUCUUUUAAACGAAGAUGAUAUUACCAAAACUCUCGGUUUGGCGUGGAGGCCAUCAGAUGACGUUUUUUGCUUUCAAUAUAAGCAACAAGUCUCAAAGGCUGCGACCAAACGUACUAUUUUAUCAGUUGUUGCUCGAAUUUUUGAUCUUUUAGGACUAUUGAGUCCUAUUGUUAUACGGUGUAAAAUCUUAAUACAGGAAUUAUGGAUUCAUCAACUGGGUUGGGAUGAUCCAUUGCCUCCACUUCUAAACCAAUCAUGGAUACAAAUUCAAUCUGAUUUGGAAUAUUUUAACCACAUUGAAGUGCCAAGAUAUGUUUUAACAUCAUCAGCUUGCUACAGUCAGGACUAUUCGCGUGGCAUUACGUGGAGUCACGUCCCAAGUAAGCAAAACCCAGCUGAUAUAGUAUCUCGAGGCUGUCGAGCAAGCGAGCUGAAGGAUUCGAUUUGGUUUUGUGGACCAAAGUUUUUGUCGCUUCAAUCAGCAGAAUGGCCAAAAGAAACAUCAAAAACUGAAUUUCUCGCAAAGGACCUUGAACAACGAAAACCUACAGUCUUGAAAUGUAGCAACAGUGGUAUCGAUGAACAUAUAUUCAAUAAAAUUAUUGACGAUUUUUCCUCAUUUCGUCGUAUUGUUCGAAUAAUAUCAUACAUCUUUCGAGUCUUUAACAAAGUACCAAUAAACAAAAAUCAAACCGUAAACGACGUGAGUCCAAUUAUAGUGCGUGAAUUUCAAGAAUCAUUUUGGCGUAUUAUAUCACACCUUCAACAUUGUACAUAUCGCAGUGUAAUAUUAUCACUUCAAUCGGGUAAAAUCUUGAAUCCAGACUUGCAAAAACUAAACCUCUUUUUGGAUAAAACGGUCACUACAAGCGGAACAUUUAAUAUAAUUCGAGUAGGAGGACGAUUGACCAAUGCACCAAUAGGCUCUGAUGCAAAAUUUCCAGCUUUAUUGCCACAUGAUCAUCGGUUUGCUCAAAUUUUUGUGGAAUACUUACAUCGUAAACACAUGCACGUUGGCCCUAAGGUUUUAAUUAGUCUAAUACGCUCUCAAGUAUGGAUAAUUAAUGCUCGGGAAGUAGCUCGAAAGGUAGUGCAUAACUGCGUUCACUGUUUCCACUAUAAACCGAAGCUGUUACAACAAAUCAUGGGUUCGCUGCCAGCCGAUCGAUUAGUUGCAAACCGACCAUUUCUAAUAUCAGGAAUUGAUUUAUGUGGACCAUUUUAUACCACAUAUCGUAUUCGUAGUAAAGUUCCAUAUAAAACUUAUAUUGCAAUUUUUGUCUGCUUUUCAUCAAAAGCAGUUCACACUGAAUUAAUAUCAGAUUUAUCCACUAAUAAUUUCAUUCUAGGCCUAAAAAGAUUCAUAUCACGUCGUGGACUGCCGCAGCGCAUUUAUUGUGACAAUGCAACAAAUUUCACUGGCGCGCAGACACUACUAAAUAAAUUUAGAGAACAAUUUUUCAGUCAGCAAGGGUUUAGAGAAAUGCAAGAGUACAGCAACAAUACUGGAUUUGAGUUUAAGUUCAUUCCACCAAGAGCACCUCAUUUUGGUGGACUUUGGGAGGCGUCGGUGAAAUCUCUCAAAACAUUAUUAUUAAAAAAUUUGGCGCAGUCUAGCCUAACUUACGAAGAAUUACAAACCGUGAUUAUUGAAGCUGAAGCGAUUUUAAAUUCCCGGCCGAUAAUUCCAUUAUCAGACGAUCCGAACGAUUGUGAGGCUUUAACGCCUGCACACUUAUAA